UAUAUGGAUUAAAAAUCAAAUGAAAUGGAAAUGGCCAUGGUGCAUCUUGCCAAACCAGAAAUCAAUGACUAAACUGAAGAAUACAAAGUAUACAAAAGAAGAUAUAUAAUGGCAUCAUUUUUCGCAUUCUCAACUGUAUUUCAAUUUCUAAAUUUCAAGAUCUGUUCAUCAAUGAUGUUUUCAACUUGCAAUCCAAUCGCAUCCGUUCUGUCAGCCAUUUAUGAAAUACCCACCUUUAUCAUUUCAUUAGCUGCCAACGGAUUUCUACUUAUGCAUCCUCUCCUGACUUUCGUAUGUAAAUCAAUCAAUCUUAAAAACAGAAACAUUUAUUGUCAAUCAAACAGAUAUUUCAGUAAGUCUCAAAAUUGGCUGUGCUUUAACAUUGCUAGGCGCAUUGAUUAGAACUGCUACCGUUAUCACAGAGAGGUUGCAUACUUUCACUAAAAUAUAGAUUCUAUACUGUUAUUUUGGGGUCUCUUGUCGCAGGCAUGGGAAGACCCUUCAUUAUCAAUAUUCAAGCCAACGUUGCCAAAGAAUGGUUCAAACCAGAAGAUAAAACUACUGUUAUGAUUGCCUUCUCAUUCAUUAUUACAUGUUCAAGUGUAUUUGGGUACACCUAAUAAUCAUACUUAGUGUCAUAAUACCUGGGCAAAUAUUCAAAGGUUAUAAGUAUGAAACAGAUCCCGAUGAUGGUAAAUUGUUAACUGGAUAAUUGAUGGUGAUUGAAUUAGAAAUCUUUAGUGCUAUUUUAAUUCCUGCCAUUCUUUUCUUCAGACCAAGUCCUCCUACUCCACCUGGUCCUAUCAAUAAAUCUAGAGAUGAAUUUACUUAUCUGUAGUCGUUGAAAAUGACUGCAAAGAAUAAAAACUUUGUAACUCUUAAAUUUAUCAUCUUAUUAGAUCCUACUGUUCGUCUGCUACAGUCUAUUGAUGGGUGGUUUCCAUGCUCUGGCUGUUGUCAUUUCAUACCUUUUUAAUCCUUUUGGCUUCACUCCCUCAUAAACCAGCUUCAUAUGUAUAGUAUUUAGAUUGUAACAGCUCAGAAAGUUCUCCCAUUGUUUGCGGAUUCGUCAGUUCUGUUAUGUAUUCGAUCUUAAUCAGAAAAUAUCACUUGAAUCAUAAGAAAAUAGUGUUGUUCAAUUUGAUCCCAGUUUUAGCUAGUCUGGGUUUGAGCUACUUUGCAUUGAUGACUGAAAGCUUGCCUCUAGUUCUAUUAUGCUAUUCAGUAUUCUUUUUUAGUUUUAUAGGUUCUUGGCUUUUUUGUGAUUCCUUGCAUACCUUUGCAACUUGAAUUAGCAUGCAAGGUCUUGCACCCUAUUAAUCAAACUAUAGCAGUUGGAUUUUUAUUAGCUGGUGUUCACAUUUGGAGUUUCGUUUUUGGCGAGAUUCUCUCAUUAAUAACCCAUGAUCAAAAUAAGUAAUGAGCCAAUAUUAUAAUUAGAACCUAAGCUUUCUACGGAUGUUUAUUGCUAUUUUUAUCGUUUUUAGCAGCUGCUAUUUGUUUUUCUAGAGUUAAACUACCUAAAGAAGAGGAAGAAGAAGAAAACACAUAAGUGAAUCAAUCAACUCAAGAAGGAAUAUGAG